ACAAGGACAAGACGACGACAUACGUGAGCCAAGGCUUUUCUUCGCAUUCCGCAAGCACAAGAAGAAAUACGCCCCCCGACAUUUUUGUUUGCUAGGCGAUUCCUGCGUGUCGAAAUACCCUGUCCCAUCAAGUCCACAUGUUGAACUUUGCCCCGCGCAACCUGCCUUCAUUCCUUCGUUUCCUUCGCAUGGGCGAAUUAAGCUCGGGGUUGCGACAUGGCCGAGGGUUAUUAUGAAGUCUGCAAAGCGAGUCGAAGUCCGCUUUUUUGCAGAUAAAUACGGUUCCGGCCACCGCCGCUUCGAUCGAUCCUGGUCUCAUGCUUCAACGUGGCCUUACGCCUUGUCUUCCGGAUUGAAUGACUUCCACCUUUUUUUCUGCCUUUUGUCCCAUACCGCUUGUCAGACCGGGGAGGACCGGCUGUGAUAAGAAGCCACUAAGCGUUGCGCUAACAGCUGAUGCAGAAGAAAAUAGCCCAUACGAAAUAAUGUCGUCGCUCUCUCGCCGCGCCUGCUAUAAAUGUGGCGAGCUUGGACACCACGCCGAAGCGUGUUCAUCACCCCAUCGCCUCUGUUACAACUGUAAGCAGAAUCCCCCUCUCGUUUCUUGCCGAGCAAGCCACUAAUCAACCUCUGGAAUAGGCAAGCAGCCGA